AUGCGUUUCCUCAACCCGGGUGGAAAACGCAGAACACACUUCGGAACCGCCGUGAACGCCUCUUGUUCUCUCCUGUUACUGCACCACGUGAGCCGAGCGUCUCGCCCUUCCUCCCCGCGCACUGCUGCAAACACUGCUGCCAUGCUGCCCUGGAGGACCCGGCCUCCUGCCCUCUGCCUCCUGCCCGCUGCUGCUGCAAACACUGCUGCCAUGCUGCCCUGGAGGACCCGGCCUCCUGCCCGCUGCUGCUGCAAACACAGCUGCCAUGCUGCCCUGGAGGACCCGGCUUCCUGCCCUCUGCCUCCUGCCCGCUGCUGCUGCAAACACUGCUGCCAUGCUGCCCUGGAGGACCCGGCCUCCUGCCCUCUGCCUCCUGCCCGCUGCUGCUGCAAACACUGCUGCCAUGCUGCCCUGGAGGACCCGGCCUCCUGCCCGCUGCUGCUGCAAACACUGCUGCCAUGCUGCCCUGGAGGACCCGGCCUCCUGCCCGCUGCUGCUGCAAACACAGCUGCCAUGCUGCCCUGGAGGACCCGGCUUCCUGCCCUCUGCCUCCUGCCCGCUGCUGCUGCAAACACUGCUGCCAUGCUGCCCUGGAGGACCCGGCCUCCUGCCCUCUGCCUCCUGCCCGCUGCUGCUGCAAACACUGCUGCCAUGCUGCCCUGGAGGACCCGGCCUCCUGCCCGCUGCUGCUGCAAACACUGCUGCCAUGCUGCCCUGGAGGACCCGGCCUCCGGCCCGUGCACUGCUGCAAACACUGCUGCCAUGCUGCCCUGGAGGACCCGGCCUCCUGCCCGCUGCUGCGUGUUUGCACUGUGCCAAGGUGUGCGACGGGCAUGA